CCCACCUCCAUCAUCAUGGCCGCACCUGUGGCUAGCAACACCGACACAGUCCCAAAGCUCAUUGUUCAUCACUUGAAUGAUUCGCGUUCCCAGCGUAUCCUUUGGCUUCUGGAGGAGCUCGAAGUGCCCUACGAGGUCAAAAAGUAUCAGCGCACCGCUGAGCGACUAGCGCCGCCUGAGCUCAAGGCCGUUCACCCGCUGGGAAACGCACCGGUCAUUACUGAUGGUGACCUCACUCUGGCAGAGAGCGGCGCUAUUAUCGAAUAUAUCAUCAAGAAGUACGGUAACGGUCGUGCCCAGCCACCGGAGUCAGGGUGGCUUGACGACCUCUAUUACACGCAUUAUGCAGAAGCAUCGCUUAUGCCUAUUCUUGUUAACAAAAUCAUCUUCAAGAUAAUCCCGGAGCGCUCGCCCUUCCUCAUCCGUCCCCUCCUCCGGUCCGUCUUUAACCAGGUCUCGGCUUUGAUGCUGAACCCCCGUUUGAAGACACACGUGCAAAUGAUUGAGGACCAUCUGGCCAAGACCAAUGGCUGGUUUGCCGGCGGAGAGGUGCCGACCGCCGCAGACUACAUGAUGAUUUUCCCACUCGAGGCAUUGGACAGUCAGGACAAGACUGUCCUUGGUUCGAAGACGAUCGAGUAUGUCAAGCGUGCGCAUGAGAGGCCGGCGUAUAAGCGGGCUCUGGAGAAGGGUGGAGAAUAUGUGUACGCCAAGGCUUCGCUGUAGAUUCGACGGCCUACGUCGCGUGCAACCCCGUGUUGACCGAGAGGGGAUGCGCCGCGUGUCUUGUAUGAUAGCCAUGGAAUAUACCGUCACCACCCCUGCUCAACCUC